CAAAUAAAAAACCCAAGCGAAGACAUGAAAGUGACCAAUUUUUUCUUUAAAAAAGAAAACGAAAACCAGACCAAAAAUGGUGCUUUGGUCAUAUCCACCGACGGUGAAACAACUAGCGGUGACGAUCGGUUUUUGCCUCACCGGAGCUUCGUUCAUUGCCGCCGGAGCUUACCUUUCGUUUGUAAAUAUUGGUCCUCAACAAGAACGUGCUAAAGCUCGUAGCCAAUACGUCAAAGACCGGCUUCGAAAGAUGCUCGACGAUUAAUCGCCGCUCAAAAAGAAAGAAGACCCGAGAUAGUAAGGGUAAAAUAUAAUCCUGGGUUUUUGUUUGAUUUCUAAAUGAAAUAAAGUUUUGAUGAUUUUUUGCUUUACUAAACGGUAAAUUUUAGUGGUGAAUGAGACGAGUCCCUGUUUAAGUUUUUUUCUUUAUCCAUUCAAAUAUUUGUAUGUGGAUUCAAAUUAGAUAGGAAAAUUUUGGCUUUUUUUUUGUGGAAAUUAUAUGGUCAAAAUUGGAAUUUAUUCAAAGUGUAAUUUUUCCCAUAACUUAAUUUUUAAUUUAAUCAGAGGUGGUAUCAGUAA